AUGCAUAAACAUCAAACAAGUAUCGGCGAUGAAUCAACAUCAUCGUCAUCAUCAUCAAAUAAUAACGUACACGAAUACAAACCCGAAUUAAGUGAGCUUGUCCGCUUCCAACAACAACAGCAACAGCAACAACAGCAGCAGCAGCAUCACCAGCAUCACCAACAUCAACAACAGCAAUUAUCAAGUUCAUUGCUUGACCAUCAUCAAUUGGAUUAUGCAACACUGGUACCGGUACCAUCAUUAGUAACAGCAAAACUUGAAACAGACGCACCAGGCAUGCACUUUUACGAUAAUCCAUCAAACUAUAUGUUAACACCUUCAUCCUAUGAUUUAAACCAUCCAAUGGAAAAAGCAAAUAUUGGUUUAGUUUCUUCGAUUCAACAGUCAACGAUUCCAGCUACAGUUGUAGCAAAUCGUCGUGGUAAUGCACCCUCGAAACCUCCGUAUUCUUACAUUAGUCUGAUUACUAUGGCUAUUCAACACACAUCAUCUCGGAUGGUUACGUUGAAUGAUAUUUAUCAAUUCAUUAUGGAUGUUUUUCCUUAUUAUCGACAAAACCAACAACGUUGGCAAAACUCCAUUCGACAUUCGUUAUCGUUCAAUGACUGUUUCGUUAAAGUACCACGCGGACCGGAUCGUCCUGGUAAGGGUUCGUAUUGGACUCUACAUCCUGAGGCGGGAAACAUGUUCGAAAACGGUUGCUAUCUUCGCCGACAGAAGCGUUUUAAAUGCACAAGGCAAGUGACAAAAACUCGUACACGACAAACAAAUCAGAAUCAACAGACAACGUCCAUAACAGACAAAAUUGAUCCAUCUAUAUCAUCUGCUGAGGAAUCGGACAACGAAUCCGACAGUAGUCAACAUCAUAUACUUAUGUCAACGUCACCGAAUCCCAGACAUAUUUCAGUAAACAAUUCAACAGUGACAAUAAAUCAUUUCACAUCGCCAGUACCAAAACUACUAUCAACAAAUGAGAACGGUUAUCAUCAGCAAUCGACAAAUGACGUACUUUUAUCUGCGUCAUUGAAACACCAUGAAACUUGCCAAUCUGUUCCGCGUUCGCCGCAACAUCGUCAUCAACAUCAAAUCUAUCCGAAUGAACAACAACAAUUUGUUUCUAUUCCAACUGCACCAAUCUAUCUAGAUCUCCAACCUUAUCCACCUAAUUCAAAUUAUCUAGAAAAUGCACCACCAUCGCCACCGACAGCCGUAACAUCAACAGCAACAACUGGAAAUACUUUUUCGACAAAUGAAUCAUCACCACCUUAUUAUUUUACGCCAUUUUCAUCAUCAACGAACACUACGACGACGACGACUACUACUACUAUCGAUUACCAACAGCCUGUUCGUCUAUAG